AUGCAUGGAAAGGCUGACAAAGGUAUUCCCGCGAGCAAACUCAUCCAGCUGGCUUUUGGAGUCUCGAAAUCAACUUACCUUCCAUUUAAGGGAGCUAGAUACAUUAAGAAUGGUCAUAUCAUUGGUCUUAAAGAAAGAAGUGGAGGAUAUCGAGAAAGUAAUGAGCAAUCUGUGUGCAGUAUAGGAGGAUGGGAAGGCAGUAGUUAUGAAAAAAAAGAGACAGAAAUUCUAGUGUUUAAACAUGCCGAUCAGAAGUUGGCCGUUUUUGGUUUUCGUGGAACUGAUUCGUCGAAGGAUUGGUUGAAAAAUUUAAACAUAAAAUUGUCCAAAGUGCGCAUCGGUAGAAAGCUUCUCAAAGUUUUUGGAGGAAUUAGAAAUCGUUAUUUCGAUAUUUCGUCUUGGUUUGAGAGGGAAUAUCAAGCCAUUCCGCAAGACUAUACCAUCCUGAUUACUGGACAUAGUCUUGGUGGAGCCCUUGCCACACUUGCAUCUGCUUUUGCAGCUGGAAAACUACACAGAAAGCCGAAUGCAGUGAUUACAUUUGCUUCACCAAUGAUUGGAAAUGAAGAAUUCCGUCAAUACUAUGUCAAUAUGGUUGGCUGUAAGGACACUCUAAGAAUCGCAAAUGAGGGAGAUGUUGUUACUAAGUUACCUCCCGGUAAGAAUUAUGUCCACGUGUGUUCUGCCCUGAAAGUUUCCGGAAGGAAAAGACGGUUUGGCAUUAGCAAUAUUUCUAGAUCUCAUGGCUUAUAUGAUGGCUAUGCCAAAGGCUUGUCUAAGAAAUUUUCAAACAAAAAUGCGAUAAACUUUGGUUGUGAUCAACGUCUUUAA